UUCCGACCCAAAUCGAUUACCUGUGGAUGGUUUCCUGCUCCCAUUGUCUUCAGCAAAUGGCUUGCCCACACCCCAUAUGCAGUCAAUACAGGAGGAAGCACCCCAGAUUGCACAGGACCAUGGACUGAAUUUCAUCGCCCAAGGUUUGCGUUUAGAUUCAAGCAACCAACUUUCCCCAUCAAAUUCAGGAGACCCACAGAGCCCCCUACAUGUAUCAAUUCGCAGGAUAAAAGUUGUUGAUGAUCUUUUGGCUGUAUUUAUGGACAGUCGCAUUCUGAAUGUGACUUUAAAGAUGAACUUUGUAAAUGAAAAUGCUGUUGAUGAUGCUGGGGUGUCAAGGGAGGUUUACACUGCAUUUUGGGAGCAAUUUUUGGAACAGUGUGAAGGUGAAAACGAACGAGUUCCAAGGCUGAGGCCAGACUUCAGUGAGGCUGAAUGGCAAGCAGUUGGGCAGAUAUGGGUGAAAGGCUUACUAGACCAUGGUGUCUUUCCAGUGAGGCUGUCAAGGGCUUUCAUUUUAGCCUGCAUACACGGAAUGGACUCAGUUGAUGUAGACAUUCUGAUUGCAUCGUUUCUCAACUAUCUGCCUCCUGUUGAGAGAUCAGCUGUUGAGAAGGCUCUCCAAGGCACAAUGGAUGAAAAUGAUGAAGAGGACCUGCUUGACUUUUUUACAAGGAUGGGUUCCCACUUCCUGCCACCUAAGAACAACAUGCAGCCUGCCAUUGAAACAAUGGCUCAUAAGGCCAUUCUCCAAGAGCCAAAAUAUAUAAUGGAUUGCUUCUCCACACCCAUGGCACGUCUGCAGCUGAAACUGUCAGACAAGGAAAGUGUGUUGUCUCUGUAUGAGACAAAGAAGGCCACAGGCAAAAGACUAGUGCAGCUAUUUGAAACAACAAAAUUGAUGCUGUCUCACGGAGAACAGACAACCUUUAACCAUCUACAGCGUUAUGUUAAAAACGCUGAUGAAACCAAAGCUGAAAAAAUCCUGCGCUUCUGCACUGGAUCUUCUGUGAUAUGUGUUGACAAAAUUUUGGUGUGCUUUAAUGCUGAAACUGGGCUCAACAGAAGGCCCGUUGCUCAUACCUGUGUAGCUACCAUUGAAGUGCCAUGCACUUACAGUUCUUAUCCUGAAUUUCGCACCGAGUUUCACAAUGUUUUUUCCAGCAAUUACUUUGAAAUGGACAUCAUUUGA